AUGAGAAAAUUCAAAAAUAUAUCAAUGAUCUACCCAAAUUAGAAAAUAAAUUUGAACGAUAGUCCCAAAAUCUCUAUUGGUAAUUGGGUAUAUAUCAUGCUAUUAUAAUAUUAAACUUCUUAGAAACAACCUCUAAAAAAAUAUUAAAUGAGACCUCUCCCAUGA